ACAGUCAUCAUAUUCAUAUCCAAUGGGUGAAGAAACAAGUGAAGUUGUGUUGUUGGGAAACUGGGCUAGCUCUUACUGCACCAAAGUAGAACUAGCCCUUAAAGUGAAGGGUAUACCUUACAAGUAUGUGGACGAAGAUUUGAGAAACAAAAGUGAUUCCCUCUUAAAGUACAAUCCUGUCCAUAAAAAGGUCCCAAUUCUCUUACACAAAGGAAGGUCAAUUUGUGAGUCACAAAUCAUUCUUGAAUACAUCGAUGAGAUUUGGGAUCAUAGUCCCAAAUUGUUGCCAGAGGAUCCUUAUCAAAGAGCUAAAGUUCGUUUUUGGGCCAACUACUUUGAUCAGAAAAUCAUUCCUAGUAGCUACCGCAUAUUCCAAUCACGGGGAGAAGAGAGAAAGAAAGCUGCAGAAGAGAUGGAAGAGAUACUUGUGGUGUUUGAAGAAGGGGUCAAGGAAGGUUUUAAUGAGAAAUUCCACUUCUUCAACGGCGAAACACUAGGACUCCUCGACAUUGUGGUAGCUGCGACUUCUUGCACCUACGAAGCAUUUCAGGAGGCCUGUGAGAUAGAGGUCUUCACACCCGAAAAGAUGCCGAAAUUUUUCAUUUGGGUGAAUAACUUGAAGGAACAUCCCCUGGUGAAGGAGACACUUCCUCCUCAUGAGAAGUUGGUUGCCAAACUGAAAAGCAUUAUUGGAACAUGAAUUUAGAAGCACUGAAUAUUAAUACUUUAUUCUCCUUAUGCUGCUAAAUAAAGUAACUGGAUUUUUAUGUAAUUUACUAUUUGCUAUUUUGGUUUGUGGGGUUUUAGCUUGAUUUUGGAGUUGAUUUAGUUUUGGAGGUUUGUUUUUUAUUGGUGUUUAAGAUGUACGGUGUAUGCAUUUUCUUUUGAGGUUCCACUUAUGUACGACGUCCGUUGCUUGUAGUUUCUGUCUUA